AUGUUGUCGAGACUGAGGACUCUGUUUGGCAGAGAAAAUGGAGACCAUCCAGAGACCAGAGAGAGGCAGAAAGAAGCUGCUGUUAGAGUUCAUCUAUACCCAGGGGCUUCUAUGGAGCCAUCAUCCCAGCCAGCGCUCCUCACCAAGAAACAAGUGGAGGAGGAAAUGGAGAGGCUGAUCAUGGAGUUGCAGCUGAUGACCAGCCAAAGAAAUGAGCUUCGAGACCGCCUGCUCUUCAUCAGUGAAGGAACUGUGGAUAAUAGACCCUACCACAAGCCAAAUCCAUUUUAUGAGAAACUGAAGUUAGAACAUAAACAGGUCAUGUGUGAACUCAAGAUCUUUGAGAAAGAGAACAUCGAGGACUCAGAAAAGUUGAGUGAGCUGACCAAGGAGACAGUCUUCUAUCGGUAA